UCAGACACGUCUCCACUUUUGCUGAGCGCAGUACGCCCACGCAGAAACGAGCUUGCACACAAUCAGGAAUCAAAACACCUGGACUUGACGAGAGGGAGCGACAUAAAAGACCAGUGAAGCCAAGAGACCUUUGCCAGAACGUAGCCAAUCUCCCUUGAUGUUUUCUGUGAUCGUGUCCUGCCUCACGACCUCCUCCCGGAUCCUUGCUUGCCCUCCCCGAUCGUAGACCACUGCAUGGAACCAGACAUCGUUGCCUCUCUCCAGCCCCCGACCGCUUGCCUCACUGUUGACUGCCUCUUUGCCUUCCUCCUUGGAUUUGACGAAAGAUACAUCCAACAUGCAAAGACAACACCCUCUGAUGCCACGUGACAAGGGACACAGGCGGGCACUAGCCACCAGGAGGAAGAUGGCAGUGCGGCAGGCAUGGACGCCCAGGUCUCCUGUCCCCGAGUUGGUCGCCCGGCGCGGCACCGGGUACCGCCACCGCAUGCAAAGGUGGCCUACUUCACACCUGACUAGCCGUCAGACUGUCUUCGUCAUCGGCGACUCCCACCUAAGGGGCCUGGUGGAUGGGCACGUCCUCAUCCCCAACGUACCUCUGUCCUUUGGUUUUUUGUCUGUUCCUGGUGGAGGAGCAGCUGACCUAAGGACAGAGGUGCGGCGCCUGGAGUUCCCCUGGACCCCAGAUGUUGUCUGCGUGCUGGCCCCGAGCAACGACCUGGACCGUGGGCCCUUCUGCGAUGCAGCGGUGGAGUUCAGCGCACUCCUGACCAGCAUCCGCAGCCGCUGGCCCAAGGUGUUUGUUCUGGACUUUCCCACACGACUAAACAGACCCGUGGGCCUGCAGGAUCGGCUGCGGCAGGAGCACCACCGCGUCGCAGCACGCAUGGGUCUCCCAUUUGUGGCUGUGACCACCAGCUUCCCGCUGCAUCGGUUGGAGCUGUGGUGUUAUGAUGGCGUGCACCUCAGCGACACAGGUGGCUCGCCCAUCCUGGUAAAGCUGUUGUGCGACGCUGCGCUCACCCUGUUCAAACCUGACCCCCCCUGCGCCUCCUUCCCCUCGUCGGACGUCGCCAACAAAACAUUGAGUUAGAAAACAUUAAGCAUUAAGAAAUGUAAUUACAUGAAUAUUUUUCUAAAGAAAAAAAAGGGAAAAAAAUAAAAUGGUUCAAGAUGUUCACCAUAA